GCUUGGGGCAGAGCUAGCUGGUGUUUUGUGGCGCACGUUCCAGAGCACCAUGUCGUCCCCGGCAUCGACCCCGAGCCGCCGCGGAAGCCGGCGCGGGCGGGCGACCCCAGCGCAGACGCCUCGCGGUGAGGAUGCCAGGGCCUCCCCUUCUCACAAGCGCCGGAGCGAGGACUCCACGUCCACCGGAGAGCUGCAGCCCAUGCCCACUUCCCCGGGGGCCGAGUUGCAGAGCCCCACCUCACGCGACCCUUUGUUUUCCAGCCCUCCAAGGAUGCCCUCCUCAGCUGUUCCUCUUGACUUUGAUAGCUCGCCACUGACAUAUGGCACUCCCAGCUCUCGGAUAGAGGGAACUCCAAGGAGUGGUGUUAGAGGCACACCAGUGAGGCAGAGGCCUGAUCUGGGGUCUGCCCGCAAGGGCCUGCAGGUGGAUUUGCAGUCAGAUGGGCCCACUGCAGAAGAUACAGUGGCAAGUGAACAGACUUUAGGCCAGAAACUUGUGAUUUGGGGAACAGAUGUAAAUGUGGCAACCUGCAAAGAAAAUUUUCAGAGAUUCCUUCAGCGUUUUAUUGACCCACUGGCCAAAGAAGAAGAAAACGUUGGCAUAGAUAUUACUGAACCUCUGUACAUGCAACGACUCGGGGAGAUUAAUGUUAUUGGGGAGCCAUUUUUAGAUAUAAACUGUGAACACAUAAAAUCAUUUGACAAAAAUCUAUACAGACAGCUCAUCUGCUACCCACAGGAAGUUAUCCCAACUUUUGACAUGGCCGUCAAUGAGAUCUUCUUUGACCGUUACCCUGACUCUAUCUUAGAACAUCAGAUUCAAGUAAGACCAUUCAAUGCAUUGAAGACUAAGAAUAUGAGAAACCUGAAUCCAGAAGACAUCGACCAGCUCAUCGCUAUCAGUGGCAUGGUGAUCAGGACAUCCCAGCUGAUUCCGGAGAUGCAGGAGGCCUUCUUCCAAUGCCAGCUGUGCGCCCACACGGCCCGGGUGGAGAUAGACCGUGGCCGCAUUGCUGAGCCCUGUGUGUGUGAUCGCUGCCGCACUGCCCACAGCAUGGCGCUGAUCCACAACCGCUCCAUGUUCUCCGACAAGCAGAUGAUCAAGCUUCAGGAGUCCCCUGAAGAUAUGCCUGCAGGACAGACACCUCACACUGUCAUCCUGUUUGCUCACAAUGAUCUUGUUGACAAGGUUCAACCAGGGGACAGAGUGAAUGUUACAGGCAUCUAUCGAGCUGUUCCAAUUCGAGUGAAUCCAAGAGUGAGUAACGUGAAAUCUGUCUACAAAACCCACAUUGAUGUCAUUCACUAUCGGAAAACCGACGCAAAACGUCUGCAUGGUCUUGAUGAAGAAGCAGAACAGAAACUUUUUUCAGAGAAGCGUGUGGAAUUGCUUAAGGAACUUUCCAGAAAACCAGAUAUUUAUGAGAGACUUGCUUCAGCCUUGGCUCCCAGCAUUUAUGAACAUGAAGAUAUAAAGAAGGGAAUCUUGCUUCAGCUCUUCAGUGGAACAAGAAAGGAUUUUAGCCACACAGGAAGGGGCAAAUUUCGUGCUGAGAUCAACAUCCUGCUGUGUGGUGACCCUGGAACUAGCAAGUCCCAGCUGCUGCAGUACGUGUACAACCUGGUCCCCAGGGGCCAGUACACAUCCGGGAAGGGCUCCAGUGCUGUUGGCCUCACUGCCUAUGUAAUGAAAGACCCUGAGACGAGGCAGCUCGUCCUGCAGACCGGUGCCCUUGUCCUGAGUGACAAUGGUAUCUGCUGUAUUGAUGAGUUCGACAAGAUGAAUGAAAGUACAAGAUCAGUAUUGCAUGAAGUCAUGGAACAGCAGACUCUUUCUAUAGCCAAGGCUGGGAUUAUCUGUCAGCUCAAUGCACGCACCUCUGUCCUGGCAGCUGCAAAUCCAAUUGAGUCUCAGUGGAAUCCUAGAAAAACCACCAUUGAAAAUAUCCAGCUCCCUCACACAUUAUUAUCAAGGUUUGAUUUGAUAUUCCUCAUGCUGGACCCUCAGGACGAAGCCUAUGACAGGCGUUUGGCUCACCACCUAGUGGCUCUGUACUACCGCAGUGAGGAGCAGGAGGCAGAGGAGUUCAUGGACAUGGCAGUGCUGAAGGACUACAUCGCUUACGCCCACAGCACAGUCAUGCCCCGGCUGAGCCAGGAAGCCAGCCAGGCUCUCAUCGAGGCUUAUGUAGACAUGAGGAAGAUUGGUAGUAGCCGAGGAAUGGUUUCUGCAUACCCUCGACAGCUGGAAUCAUUAAUUCGCUUAGCAGAAGCCCAUGCAAAAGUACGGUUUUCAAACAAAGUUGAAGCAAUUGAUGUUGAAGAGGCAAAACGCCUCCAUCGGGAGGCCCUAAAGCAGUCUGCAACGGACCCCCGGACUGGCAUCGUGGACAUAGCCAUUCUUACCACAGGAAUGAGUGCCACCUCUCGUAAACGGAAAGAAGAAUUAGCUGAAGCGUUGAAAAAACUUAUUUUAUCUAAGGGCAAAACACCAGCUCUGAAAUACCAACAACUUUUUGAAGAUAUUCGGGGACAAUCUGACAUAGCAAUUACCAAAGAUAUGUUUGAAGAAGCCCUCCGUGUCUUGGCUGAUGAUGACUUCUUGACAGUAACUGGAAAAACCGUCCGCCUGCUCUGAAGCCCUGAGCAGUGCUAUGUUUUGCACACUUGCCCUGUGCAUGGCACGUGCUUGCAUAUCUGUGUGGUGUGGCGCCCAGGCUGGUCACCUGCUGCUGCUGUCAGUGGAGAUAGAGUUGAAAAUUUCCUAACCUGGGUUCAAUUUUCAUACUGAAGCGUGUGUUUUUAUUUUUUUAUUUUAAGUAAAAGUUCUGUGUCAGUUUACAGACAUACACAGUAGAAAUUGUUUUCCUCAAGUGCCAUUACUUUAGCACCGAGGCUCUUUAUCUGUGUUUAUACACAGAUAAGCAGGUGUCGGUCUUUUUGGAGAUGCCAGUCUGGGUCAUGGCUUUUGUUCAUCCUUUCUAAUGGCAAUGUCCCAAGUGCUUGAGGUUUCUGUAAUAGGAGAUAAGACUUAGCCAGGGUAUAUCAGUCAGUGGGAGGUAGUGAAAGAUGAGGGCCUUUCUUAUUCUCAAGUAUCAUUUCUCCUAGAGGCUUGUUCUCAUGACUACUGGAUAAAAAAUGGGUGGUUAGAAAUGAUUAAGUUCUAGGUUAAUCUCUACUACUUUAUGCUGAUAAAUAAAAUUUCUUCCUAUUAAAUAAAUGAUAGAAUAAAUAGUAUUUGGUUAUCUGGCAUUCUUUUUCAUCAAAAAAAAGCAUUAAUGAAGAUUAUAUUCAUGAAAAUUCAUGAUUGUAAGUACUUGAUGAAUCAUAAAAGAAAUUCCCUAUACUAUAAUGGGUUUCAUUUUAUUCAAAAAUUAUUUCAAUCUUAGCAGUCAUUAUUCUUAUAAAACUGCCACAGCUGUAAUCUUAUAUGGAAAUACUACUGUAAUAAAAAAUUUCUGAAACAUUGUCA